AGGAAGCCGCGGCGCGUCCGCUAAGGUGCAAAUGGCUGAAGUCCCGGAGGAUUAUAAUUCCGGCCCAGAUGAAGAUGGAGAACCGGAGCCUGAGAGACCUGAACUGCCUGGACUUCAUAAAUUGCAUGAAAAUGCCGAGCCAGAAACCAUGGCAGAGGCAGGCCCGGAGCUACCAGCAGAGAUUUACCAAGAGCCACAGCCAGAGACCGCGGAAGAGGACUUCAAAGAGCGGGAGCCAGAGAGUGCUAAGAACGUGCAGCUGAAACCUAGCGGGACGUGUGAGGAAGGAGUUGCCAAGGAGUCCAAGAGAGACGUACCAAGCAAAACUGAACCAGGGAUUCCCCAAGAGGUAAAGUCAGAGACGUCCAGAGAGAUGAGGGAAGAGUUUUUCAAAGAUUUGGAGGCUCCUAUGCAUGAAAAGCAUGAAGAGUCAGACCUAGAGCCACCAGAAGAGGCUAAACCAAAUGUUACAGAGAAUGUGUUCCUAGAGUCAGCUAUGGAAACAGAUCCAGUGCGACCAACGGAAACCAUGUCUGAGGUUUCAGGGGCCACAGUCGGAGAGAGAAAUUUAGAGUUACUAAAGGAGGAGACUGAACCGGGGGUUCCAGAGGAAUCACUUAGAUUGCAACACGAAGAGACAGGUCUAGAGCGUCCAGAGCAGACCAAACUAGAUUUUUCAAAUGAGAAACCAGGAGAAUCACUUGAAGAAACAGAUCUUCAGCUACCAAAGAUGACCAAACCAGAGAUUCCAGAGGAGACACAAAUAAAGUCAACUGAGAAGAAAAGGACAGAGCCAUCCAAGCAGGCUACACCAGAAUUUCCAGAGAACAAAUCAAGAAAGUCUAGUGAGGAGGCAAAUCUAGAGCCUCCACAAGAGACUCAACCAGAAGUUCCAGAAGAGAUGCAAAGAAAAGCAACUGACGAGAAAGGGACAGAACUACCCGAGCAGACAAAACUAGACUUUCCAGACCACAAUCCAAGAAAGUCUACUGAUGAGAAAGUUCCUGAGCCACUAGAAGAGAUCAAAUUAGAAUUUCCUGGGGAAGAAUCAAGAAAACCAAGUGAGAAAACAAGUCUAGAACAAUCAGAAAUGCUGAAACCAGAAGGUCCGGAAGAGAUGAGAAAGUCAAAUAAGGACAAAAAUCCACAACCACCAGAGGAGACUGGUCUAGUGCUGCCACAGGAGAUCAACCCAGAAGUUGAAGAGAAAACACAAAUCAAGUCAACUGAGGAGAUAAAUCUAGAGUUACCAGAUGAAGCCAAACCAAGAGAGACACCUGUAGAAUUUUCCAAGGAAGACAGUCCAGAACCAAUCAAGUCUAGGUAUUCUGUAGAAAAGGCUGAGCUAGAGCACCAUGAGCAUAAAAGAGGAAAGUUGUCACUAAGUGACGAAUUUAAAAAAGAAUAUGACUCAUUAGGAUCUGUCAGAGUAAGUGAAGAAUCCAUUGGUACACAUUAUGAGUUUUCACAACAACGCCAAACAUUGCUUGAUGUCAGUGAAGAAUGCUCAUACUCACAUCCCUCAGAGUCUCAGACAGAAUCAAGUGAGUUUGUUAGUGAAAAGAAAGUUGUAGAUUUGUCCCAAGAGUUAAAGGAACUGGUUUCUGAAGAUGAAGAAACCCAGCCAAAAAAAAUGACUGACUUACAAUUUGAGUAUCUUAAUUGGGAUCCAGAGAAAGUUGCAGAGUGGAUUAGCCAGCUAGGCUUCCCUCAAUACAAGGAGUGUUUUACCACAAACUUCAUCAGUGGCCGAAAACUCAUCCAUGUGAACUGCUCAAACCUCCCUCAGAUGGGGAUAACAAACUUUGAGGACAUGAAGGCAAUUUCUCAGCAUACGCGGGAGCUCCUGAAAAUUGAAGAGCCAUUAUUCAAACGGUCCAUCAGCCUUCCCUAUAGGGAUAUUAUUGGCUUGUAUUUAGAGCAAAAAGGUCAUACUGGGAUAAAAUCUGAUUCUUUGACUUUAUCUGAAUUUGUCAAAGCAGCAGGAUUACAGGAUUAUGCUCCAGAAAUAACUGCCCCUGAAGAGGAAGAGGAAUUACCUUGCAUUGAACCAUAGUGGGAAGCUGCUUCACAUAGCUUGAAAGAUCAAACUAAAUUACUUGAGGGAA